AUGUCGAGCGGCAACGAGGAAGCACAAUUGGCACAAUGCCAAGCUUAUGUACAACGACACAAUAUUCAGCAACUUGUGAAAGAGGCUAUUGUUGCUCUGUGCAUUCACAAGCCCGAAAAUCCCGUUUUGUUUCUAAAGGAGCACUUCGAUAAACUCAACGAACAAAGGACAGAGGUGUACAUUUUUUCUCGAUAUUUUUGCAUUCAUUUCUCGUUAGGGUUGCGCUGA